GAUUUGGUGACUUUACGUUGCACUAAAUUGGUCUCAAGUUAUCAAAUUAAGAGUACCAUGUGUCUUAAAGAUCUAAAAAAUAUGAUUAYGGACAAUUUUAAGUUUGAUGUAAAACAUGAAUGGUUUGUUCAUAGUUCUUUAUCAUGGUUAAGAAYAAUUGUAUGCUAUUUAGAUCCAGUAUCACCUUUAGAGUAUAUUCUUAAAGUUUAUUCAGACUCAUUGGGAUAUACAAAAACAUUUAUUCAAAUACUGACUACAAUCUUAUCUGAGCACACUAUUAUUAGUUACCUAGAUACUAAAGUACCAACUUGUUGUAAUAUUGAUACUGUUAUUCUAGAUUUGAGGGAACUUCGAAAUAUAUUUAAAAUACAUUUGAAUAAACAAAUAAYAAUACCAAGAGAUCAAUGGAAUAUCACUCGUUGUAGAUUGGUAAGUACUAUAUUUAAGAGAACUUCGAUUUUAUUGAACUUAAAAGUGAUUUU